UCACAGAAUAAAAAACGUCAUGACGGCUGGCUGUUUCCGCUUGUCGGCCUAAAGUGUCUCGCAUAGAAUGGGAAUAGACUCCUCUCCAAUGUGGGAUUUGUGUCAGGAGCGGAGGAUGGGGGAAUGACAUCCUUCGCUGUGUAUGUACAGAUAGCUGGGUUUUUGCCUGUUUGUGAACUGUGCUUCUUAAUUUUCCUUGUGUUUAGAACGAAUGGCAUUUGUCUCUUAGACUGCUGCUCCCACCGCCAGUUCCCACUGGAUCUUGUCAGAGACGGGCUUGCACUAGGUUUAUACCACGCGUACUCUUUUCCCUUGGGGCCCUCAAAUACUGGGCCAUAUGUAUGACAAUUAUAUACACAUCUCUCAAAUCCGAACGACAACCACUGCUA